AUGUUUAACCAUGCUCUGGAAUAUUCUUUAUUAGCUAUUCCACACAUUACUAGUAAUACAUCCAUUAAAGUCAAAGUCAAGUGGCAUCCACCUCCUAAGGAUUGGUACAAGAUUAAUAUCGAUGGGGCUUUCAACGAAGAGCACUUGCAUGGGGGCAUCAGUGGAGUCAUAAGAAACAAUAAGGGAGAAUGGACACUGGAUUUCUACACAAAGUGUGCAAGUAUAUCACCAAUCCAUGCAGAGUUACUAGCUUUUCGACAAGCUUUGCAAACACUUAUGAAGGGAAAUUUCACUCCAUGUGAAAUUGAGACAGAUGCUACUGAGGUACUUAAUGGAGAAGCUAAUGGAGAGAGGGGAGAUCCGAAUGAAGCAUAA